AUGAGUUUGGUCGGAAGAUUCGGGAGUUUGAUUUCUCAAGGGGUUUACUCUGUUGCCACACCGUUUCAUCCAUUUGGUGGUGCGAUUGAUGUGAUCGUUGUUCAACAAGAAGACGGUUCGUUCCGGAGCACGCCUUGGUACGUUAGGUUCGGUAAGUUCCAAGGCGUCCUCAAAGGCGCCGAGAAGUUUGUUAAGAUAUCUGUGAAUGGCACCGAGGCGGAUUUUCACAUGUAUCUUGAUAACUCUGGCGAAGCUUACUUCAUCAGGGAAGUUGAUCCUGCAGCUAGUGACACCAACAGUCUGAUUUCUAAUUCUGAGGAUAGUAAUGGUAACGAGAAUAACGGUGUGGGGCUUCGUCUCGAGCAUAGUUUAUCGGACGCUGGUGCUGAGGAGUUACGAGAGGGUUUCGGCUCUUUGAGCCGGCUUGACAGGACUGAGUCCGAUUGUAAUAGGAGGUACUAUGAUUUUCAGGAUGAUCCGCCAUCUCCGACCUCGGAAUAUGGAAGUGCUCGGUUUGAUAAUCUAAAUGUGGAAAGCUAUGGGGACUCUCAGGGCUCAGAUUCUGAGGUGGUUUUGGUGAGUAUCGAUGGACAUAUACUAACAGCUCCUGUGUCAGCGGCUGAACAGGAGGCUGAGAAUCUACGGUUAAAUACUCCUCAGUUUCAUUUGGCACCUGGUGAUGGGACCGAGUUUUGUGAAGGUAAUACUGAGUUUGCUUCGUCCGAGACUUCUUGGGAGACUGAAUAUAUCGGCAAAGUGGAGGCAUCUGAUGCUGUUAAUAUUGUAUCUGAAAGAGUAGACACUGGGAGCGUUGAGCGUAGUGAUAUGGAUUCUCAUUCUCGUGGUAAUACCGAGAAAGAUUCUCAUGAUGCUGAAAGAUGUUUGGAGCAGCCUGGUGAGAAUGCGAAGUCCGAGGAACCAGCUCCUACUUUUGAGGAUCAGAAUCUCAAAGAACGCGAGUUUCUACCUACCACCAUCACGGAAAAUGAUAGAGGUGAAGAUGUUGAAGUGGCUAUUGAAACAGUAAGUACUCCUGUUGAUGGUUCUGAAUCUUCUGCAACCCAAAUAACAACAGAAGAAGUGGAAACAACUGAAGAAAAUAGGAUAUCCGCUGAUUUAAAUACAGAAUCGGAAUGUAAAGAUGAACAGACAAGAACAUCUACAGAAACUUCCAUCUUGAUUGACAACGAGGAAGGCGGGAUUAUAGAGUCAGAAGAUCAGGCUUCUGAGAGAGUCUCUAUAGAUUCAACGAGAGAGGACGAUGAGCAACUAACACCAUCUAAACCGGCUGAGGAGAAUACUAUAGAUUCAGUGGCUACGACUUCUACUGUGGACACAGGAAAACCUGGUACAGAUCUGAGAUAUGAGCUAUCACUUUGCAAGGAUGAGCUUCGUCAGGGUAUGGGACUUAGCGCAGCUGCUGAAGUCUUUGAUGCGCAUCGGAUCUCUAUGGAAGAAUAUAAAAAUUCGGCAACAUCGAUUCUUGAAAGUGAAAAUCUGGUGGUUAGGAUUAGAGAAACGUAUAUUCCAUGGAAGAAAGCUGCUCGAGUCGUGCUUGGGAAAGCUGUCUUUGGCCUAGACUUAGAUAUCGAGCCAGAUGAUGUGAUUUCAGUGGCGGAAAAUGAGUCGGCGAAAGCAAAGGACGAUGAAGCUACAGUAACUCCUUCUUCAUCUGGAAGAAGAUGGAGACUCUGGCCCAUUCCUUUUAGAAGGGUUAAAACAGUCGAGCAUACAGGUAGCAACUCUUCGAGCGAAGAAGAUCUGUUUGUUGAUUCUGAACCUGGCUUGCAGAACUCACCAGAAGCACAAUCAACCACAGAGAGUCGCCAUGAGUCUCCACGUAGACAACUUGUGAGAACCAAUGUCCCUACCAAUGAGCAGAUCGCAUCUCUGAAUCUGAAAGAUGGCCAGAAUAUGGUAACUUUCAGUUUCUCCACAAGAGUUCUUGGAACACAACAGGUCGAUGCACAUAUUUACCGGUGGAGAUGGGAUACCAAGAUUGUAAUUUCAGAUGUCGAUGGAACUAUAACUAAAUCUGAUGUGUUAGGUCAGUUUAUGCCUUUGGUUGGAAAGGACUGGACACAGUCUGGUGUGGCCAAGCUUUUUUCUGCCAUUAAGGAGAAUGGAUAUCAGCUGCUUUUUCUGAGCGCUCGUGCCAUUGUUCAGGCAUAUCUAACAAGAAGUUUCUUACUUAAUCUAAAGCAGGACGGAAAAGCUCUGCCAAACGGUCCUGUAGUCAUUUCACCAGAUGGGCUGUUUCCAGCAUUGUACCGUGAAGUGAUAAGAAGAGCACCUCACGAAUUCAAGAUCGCAUGUUUGGAGGAUAUCAAGAAACUCUUCCCAAAGGAUUACAAUCCGUUCUACGCUGGAUUCGGGAAUAGAGACACCGAUGAGCUGAGUUACAGGAAACUCGGAAUCCCCAAGGGAAAGAUAUUCAUAAUCAACCCAAAGGGAGAGGUAGCGACAGGACAUCGCAUAGAUGUCAAGAAGUCGUACACAUCACUUCAUACUCUUGUCAAUGACAUGUUUCCUCCAACUUCGCUUGUUGAGCAGGAAGAUUAUAACCCAUGGAACUUCUGGAAACUACCAGUAGAAGAGGUUGAUUGAAAAAAUCCGUUAGAAAUGAGAUGCAGAUGGGUCCAACAUGGCGGCUGCGAAAACUCCAGUAUUGGACUUUUGUAAGCCUUUUGAAUGACUUUGUACACAAGAAAGAAAGAGCUGGAACUUUAUCUCUACUUUGUAAUGUCUCAUGUAGGAGUUAACACACGGAAAGAAUUAUAUAGACAAGCUGUGACAAUGUUCUGUAGAAUCUGUACAAGACCUUGUUCUUUUAUAUAUCUUUUUAAAAUACACAAAAAUACGAAUCUUUGUAUUUGGAUAAUUAUAAAGUGUCGUUGAAUGGAAGAAAAGGAUGCAAAAAUAAA